CUCGGUGUCGAAGACAGUCUCAGUCGCAGUUUGAAUCUCGAUGCGGGCGCAACUUGUUGAAAUCGAAAGUGAACCUAGAGUUAAUAUUGUUGUAUUGUAGCUUAGUCGCAAGUUGUCUAUGAGUGGAAUAUUAAAAGUGUGUGUCGAAGAGUGGAAAAGGCAUUCAUUACAUGUCGCGAUGUCAUCGGCCGCUAAGGAAACAAUAAAGUGCCGUCGUCAUGCAUUACUGAAGCUAUUAACUCUGGGCCUGCUGUGCCUUGGAUUAUGCAAUGCAGCUGCUGCAGACGGUGAAACUAUGCAAAAAUACGCAAAUGAAUCAGAGGCACCAAAUUGGUCGCAAUUUCUCGAAGAUUAUGUGUUAAGCCAAAGCAGCAGUCACCGUAUGUCCAAAGAUCUGGGCUAUAUGGAUGGCCCAAUUAAUUAUCACUCCUCAGCGUACAAAAGACCCGGUAACAAUAUUUAUAUUACUCGACGCAUUGGCGAGGCUGUCGAGCUGGAGCCGCAUUUGCGUACGCCUGUGGAAAGUCAGAGCCCGAUUGUUAAUCCUCAGUUCCGUCCCAUGACCAACCAAAUGUUGCACCAACAACAACAGCAGCAGCAGCAACAGCUGCAGCAGCAGCAACAGCAGCAGCAACAGCGACAGCAACCCGGUUUCUUGCAACAACUCUUUGGCUUUGGUGGCUCCAGCAGUGGCGGUUUAAGCUCCAGCGGCAGUGGACCAUCUGGUCCCCCUCAAGCGCACUUGCGUCCGGUGCCACUGCAGCAAGCACCCGCACACUCACAGCAACAACAGCAACAGCAGCAACACUUGGCCCAUGGCAGUCCACCGAACACAUUCCGGGCCGUCUCCGAAAACGAUUUGUAUCUGCUUGGAGCCAUCGAAAAGCUAGUCUAUCGUGUUGAUUAUUUGGAAAGUCGUGUGCGCCGCACGGAGCAGUUGAUCUACUAUCUGAUGGCCGGCAACAAUCAAAAGGAAGUGAAGGAUCCAUGCCCAACCAAUUUUACGCGCAUCAGCGACAAUUGCUACUACAUCAACAGUCAGCAGCAGGUGAACUGGAAGACGGCCAACACGGCAUGCAAAGGGCUCUCUGCGCACCUGGCAGAGUUCGAAAAGGUCUCAGAGAAUGAAGAGAUCAUGGCCUAUUUGCUUAAUCAGCCAGCUCACCGAGGUCGUGACUAUUGGCUGGGUGGACUUAACCCAGGACUGUUGUGGAUCUGGUCGAAUUCCGCCAAGCCCGUGAAUCCCAACACAAAUCUCACUUCGAUAGCCAUGUCACAGAAGGGUGAAAAUUCAACAGCUUCCAAUCUGGUGGACAGCAGCGAGGAAUCCACAGAUGACAACGAUGUGCUCAACAAUACAGUACAAAUUGAAGGCAAAGGACGUUGUCUCCGACUCAGCUACAAUGCUGGCAAACAUAGUUAUGUAUACUAUGGUCAGGAGUGCACAUCCAGGCACUAUUAUAUCUGUGAGUACGAGGACAAGACGCUGGAUAAUAAAAUACAGAAGAUAGCGCGUGACCUCAAACUCUUUGAUUAAUAAAAUAUGUAUAUGUAAUAUUGAGUAUAAAUAGAAUCCUAUUUAUCAAUUCCCCAACUUUUGUCAUAGACAGUUGCUGUAAA